AUGUGCGAGUUUACUAUGUGGAGGAAGCAUUGGCAUGAAGACAGGUUCUUUGGUUAUCAGUUCCUGAACGGAUCGAACCCAUUACUCAUCAAACAGUGUAAAGAGAUUCCAGAAAAGUUCCCCGUUACAGAGCAAAUGGUCGGCCCCUUUCUUGGGCCAAAUACCAGUCUGCAGCAGGAAGUCCAGAAAGGGAAUAUAUACCUUGUUGACUACGAGAUUCUGGAUGGAAUUAAAGCCAAUUCGGAAGCUGGCCACAAAUAUCUUGGAGCACCAAUGUGUCUUCUGUACGUGAAUCCAAUAAACGAUCUACUCCCCAUUGCCAUCCAGAACACCCAGCACCCUGGGCCGGAGUGCCCGAUAUUUCUCCCGAGCGACAGCAAGCCGGAUUGGAGUCUGGCCAAGAUGUGGGUCCGCAACUCUGAUGUACAGGUUCACCAGCUGGUCUCACACUUGCUCAGGACACACCUGUUUGGUGAAAUCUUUGGCAUCGCAACUUUACGCAGGCUGGCAAGUGCACACCCGAUAUUCAAGCUUUUGAUGCCGCAUGUGAAAUAUACGUUUCACAUCAAUAUUGCAGCGAGGGAUCUCCUUAUCUCCAAAGGUGGCAUCUUUGAUCAGGCAUUCUCUUCCGGAGGGACUGCCAUCGUGCAGGUCUUGCAGCGCGGUCUGGAGCGCGCUACCUACGAAUCUAUGUGUCUCCCAGACAAUCUGGCUGCUCGAGGAGUGGAAAAGAUCCACAAUUAUUACUUCAGAGAUGAUGCUCAGAAGAUCUGGCAGGCCAUCAACAAGUUUACAGAAAACAUCGUUGACCUUUACUAUGAGAACGACACAAGUGUCCAGAGUGAUCCAGAACUUCAAGCCUGGGUGAAGGAGAUCUUCACCGAAGGAUUAUUGGCCAAGCAAUCGUCAGGCUUCCCUUCAUCAUUUCACUCCAAGACCGAACUCAUCAAGUUCCUAACCAUGGUCAUCUUCACCUGUUCUGGACAACAUUCUUCAGUAAACGUUGGACAGUAUGACUGGGGCUUCUGUGUACAAAACUACCCUUCCAUGAUGGGGAAACCUGCACCGACCAAAAAGGGACAAGUCACCGAAGCAGAUAUUGUCGACACUUUGCCAAGUGGAAUAAAACAAUACAAAGUGGUUGCAACCAUCCAUCUGCUCAGUCAACCAGCCCCCAUUAACACUGAGCUGGGCAAGUACGUGGAGGAGCGCUUCACUGAGCUGCCGGCAAGAGCUCACAUCACAGAAUUCCACACAGCCCUGCAGCAGAUCGAGCAGGAUAUUAUAAAGAGGAACCAGAACCUUUCUCCACCCUACACCUAUCUCCUGCCCAGUUUGAUCGACAAUAGUGUGGCAGUCUAACCACGCCAUUGCACCAUCAUCAACCUGCUUCACGCUUUGCUUCAAGAUUAAAAUUAUAAUUGCAAAACUUUUAUUGCCAAAUUAAACCAGCCAAUCUCUCCCGCCCUCUGAUCCACACCGCACGCACACAGCCUGAUAUUCCCUUCCCAAUGAAUUCCAAGGCCACUCUGCCCUUCCACCACCUCCACCUGGAACCUGAGUAGCAACUUGUUCACUCAGAGGGUGGUGGGUCUAUGGAAUGAGCUACCGGAGGAGGUAGUUCAGGCAGAAACUAUAAUAAUAAUUAGGCCAUUCAGCCCAUCGAGUCUGCUCCACCAUUCGAUGGUGGCUGAUCGAUCUUUACUACCUUCUCCCCGUAACCUUUGAUGUCCUUACUGAUCAAUACUGAAGGCUGUUUUAUUGCUCAUUGUUGCUCAGUUGCUAAUCAGCAACACUCCCGUUCUGCCUGCAAGGAGGAACAUGCUUGCUUUUCCCUCCCCCAUGCAUUGUCUCUCCUUCUCCAAAGACAAUGCCAGCCAAUGCAGCGUUCCUGGGUUUUGUUUCAGGUUUCUAACAUCUACACUAUAAUCAAUUGAAAAUCAAAACGGUUAUUUUUUAUUGAUUAAAAUGAAAUAUAAAUUCCAAAGUUGGCUUUCAUUCUGAAUUUUGUCUAAAGCUUGUAACUGCUACACCAUGGAGGUGCAUGCUUAAUGUUCUUGUUAGGAACUGGGAAUCA